UCAUAGAUUACUUAAUCGAUUAUUUUCUAGGAAACGAAAAGAAACAGAGAAACCAAACACUGAUGGACGGGAAAGGACAAGGACUAAAUGGCGUUUCUGCUGAAACCCUCAUCCCUCUUAUCACUCCAUACAAGUUGGGCAAGUUCCAGCUCUCUCACAGGGUUGUUCUAGCACCAUUAACCAGACAGAGAUCUUGGAACAAUGUUCCUCAACCACAUGCUAUCUUAUAUUACUCUCAAAGAACCAGCAAAGGGGGUCUUCUCAUAGCCGAAGCAACAGGAGUUUCUGACACUGCUCAAGGGUAUCCCCAUACACCGGGCAUAUGGACAAAAGAACAAGUUGAAGCAUGGAAACCUAUUGUCGAUGCUGUACAUGCUAAAGGCGGUAUCUUUUUUUGUCAGAUUUGGCAUGUGGUGAGGGUUUCAAACACGGAUUUCCAGCCAAACGGGCAAGCUCCAAUUUCUUGUACAGACAAGCCAUUGACACCCCAAAUCCGAAGCAAUGGCAUUGAUGUUGCCCAGUUCUCAACUCCACGGUGGCUAACAACAGAUGAAAUCCCUCAAGUUGUAAAUGAUUUUAGACUUGCUGCAAGGAAUGCUAUUGAAGCUGGAUUUGAUGGAGUUGAGAUCCAUGGGGCUCAUGGCUACCUACUUGACCAGUUCAUGAAAGACCAGGUCAAUGAUCGAACUGAUAAAUAUGGCGGAUCCCUAGAGAACAGAUGCCGGUUUGCUUUGGAAGUAGUUGAAGCUGUCGUUGAUGAGAUAGGGGCAGAUAAAGUUGGAAUAAGGCUUUCUCCAUUUGCUGCUUAUGCAGAAGCAGGAGACUCAAAUCCAAAAGCUCUAGGCCUUUACAUGGCUCAGUCCUUGAAUAAAUACGGACUUCUCUACUGCCACAUGGUUGAGCCAAAGAUGAAAACAGUCAGAGAAAAAUGCGAAUGCCCCCAUAGUCUUUUGCCCAUGAGAAAAGCUUUCAAUGGUUCAUUCCUUGUUGCUGGGGGGUAUGACAGAGAAGACGGGAACAAUGCUCUGGCUGAGAAUCGUGCAGAUCUUGUUGUGUAUGGGCGUUGGUUCUUGGCCAACCCAGAUCUUCCUAAGAGAUUUGCGCUCAAUGCUCCUCUCAACAAGUACAACAAAGAAACCUUCUAUAUACCUGAUCCUGUUCUUGGUUACACUGAUUAUCCAUUUCUUGAAGACAUCGAGUAGAUUCUCAAAGGUGUAGGAUUAGAACUUGAAUCAUUUUUCAGUGAUAUAAGCAUCCCGAAUGCCAUAUAUAAUAGAUCUUAUAAGCCUUCUUUAGAAGAGGUUCAUAGUUUUCUUUACACUUAUGAAUAUCGGUUGGAGCAAAGGAAUACUGCACAACAACUUCAGUUUCCUUAGGUUAGCCUCACUGCUUAUUCCGAUCAAAAUAAAUUUCAUAAAAAUCAGCAACCCAAUUUUCCUAAAUACCCACAAAGUUUAUAUUCAUCUUUUCCAAACAAACCUAUUAAUCUCUAUCAGUCAUUUCGUCCAAACUUCCAGCUUAGCAUCCUUGGAAAACCUCAAGGACAACCACAAUCAUCUUCUAAAUGGCUUCAAAAACAAGGAACUGGAAAUUUUGGACCAAGGCCACAGUGUCAAAUUUGUGGGAAGUUCGGUCAUAUAGCCUUAAAUUGUUAUCAUCGAGCCAACUUGGUCUACUAACCACAGUUUCCAAAUUCUCAACCCAAGACUCAACCUCCAAAUCCCAUAGUUGCAAUGCUCACUACUUCAACAUCUCCCACUAUGCCCUCUAAUAACUGUGAUACUCCUUGGUAAAUGGAUUAUGGAGCAACACAUCACUUUACACCGGCAACUUAAUAGAUUCUUAUGUGUUUACUGGUGAUGAGCAGGCUAUGGUGGGCAAUGGAUCAAGCCUCGGGAAGGGCACUUCUUCAAGGAAUACUUGAAGAUGGACUCUACAAAGUUUCAUCACCAGUCAGUACUUCGCCAUCCUUUCUUGUCUCCUCUUCAUCAGCUUCACUUUCAUUUCCUGCUACUUAACUAUCCUUCAAUCAUGCUCAAGCAUAAUAAUACCGUAUUGUGGCAUAAUAGACUAGGACACCCUGCUUCUAAUGUAGUUACUCAAGAUAUGAGGAGCUAUAAUUUGAAAUUUUCUAAAUCUUUUGAUUUG